GAUAUCUAAAAUGUAUACAAACAAGCUUAUUAAUACGCAGACAAAGUAUGUACAAGUACAUUCUUUCAGUAAACAUCUAGAAACUAAAGAAGUAAGAUGCAGGUUUACUUAGCUAUACUUGUACUGUGUAUCCUCCACGUCAAACAGUCGACAGGAGAGAUCCCAACAUACAUAAUAGAAAAAUGGGACAGUAUCAUGGCACCGCACAAAAAGGAGUGCUCUGAGCAUUCCGGUAUUGCUCCCGAAGACAUUAACAACAUACUUCGAGGACCUUCGAUUCCAGAUACGAAACAAUUCAGGAAUUACAUUACUUGCAUUUAUCGUGAAUUGGGAAUGAUAAGCAAUGAUGGGCACUUUCAAGAGAUGGUAAUAAUGAAAAAGGCCGAUUAUCUUACAUAUAAUUUGGUGAAAAGAUGCGUGGGAAAAGCAAAUCCUGAGAAAGAACUUGAGUCAAAAUCUUUUAAACUUUGCGAAUGCGUUGUAAAGGGUUUGGAACAUCCUAAGUUUUAUAAAGAUUGAGGUCCAAACGAUCAGGCAAAUCAGAUGAAAACUUGUCAAAAAAUCUAUUAUUAUCUUCUAUUUCUUCGGGAUACUUUACAUGAUAAGCAUAUAUUAUAUUGUAAACCUCUA